AUGGAUUGCUGCUGCUGUUGUUUCCCGAGUAUACCCGAAAGCUCAAGAACUAUAGAUGAGCAUGUUCCUUUAUCUCGUGCCCCGCCUUCCUCUGCUGUGGUAUCACCUGGAGCUGGAAAUAGAAACUUAGUCUCUGAUCUAUACACUUCACCGCCUAUUCCUUUAGUAUUCUCGCCUAGAAACCUUCAAACUCCACCAAAAUUGCCAAUAACUCAGAGCAAUUCGAGUGAAGGAGCUCGCGGAAUCACACACGCCCUUCCAGAGAAGGAAACGUGGCCUGUUGAUGAUCUAUCUGAAUUUGAUGUAAAGAAAAAGGAUCGAGAAACAAUCGAUGAGUGUCCAAUUUGUUUAGAAGAAUAUGAGUCCGAGAACCCGAGAUUGCUAACAAAAUGCGGUCAUGAUUUUCAUCUCGCGUGCAUACUUGAUUGGAUGGAAAGAAGCGAGGCCUGUCCGGUUUGCGACAAGGAAUUGGUACUCCCUGAAUCAUAA